AUGGACGAGUUUGCACCUCGCCGACCGACUCGUCGUCCGCGCGCACGCUCGACCCUCGAACUGUCCCUUCCGGCACUUCCUCAUUGCAGCCAUCGUCGUCCUGAGCCUGAGCCUGAGCCAGAGCCGCGUCGCACACAAGUCCGCUCCAGCCAUCCGACGACCAUUCCGUCCCAGUGCAGUCGUUCUGCAGCAAUCAAGCGACCCGGCAUUGCACCGACGUCGCGUCCACCGCACCCAUCCACCGACCAGCCUCGCAUCGACGUGGCUGGCCGCUCUGAUAUGGCCUUUCAAGGCGUUCGCGGCCCGGUGGUCGAGAACUCGCUCGAGACCCGUUCGACGCGGCGGCCAAACCACAGGGCAGCGACUCUGAAGCCAGCCGCACAGCUCGCAUGGAUGGCCGUUGCAUUGGCAAUGCUGAUGCUGAUGUUGCUGGCGUUUGCCGAAAGCAGUGGCGUCCGAGCAGCAGCCGUCCAGAGUGACGAUCACUCGAGCCAAAACCGCGCUGCUGCUGCUGGAAUUCAACCGCGAGACUCGUCAGAUUCAAGCGUCGUGGACAAUGAUGCAGACGUGGAUACUAGCCAGCCGCGCGUGCAGCACUUGCAUCCGCAUCAUCAACGCGUGCUUGGCGAUGAUCACGACGACGACAAUGAAGAGGAGCACGAGGCGCAUCAUCAUCACGAGCAUGUCCAUCAUCAUGAUUCAUCUGAAAAACGCAACAACGAUCGUCACGAAACCCAGACCGAAACUACUUCUUCUUCUGCUGGCACCUCCCGCAAUGGUAACGACGACAACAACAACAACAGCAACCCACACAAGUCCAACGUCAAGAACGACAUUGAAACCGCGGAAGAGCUCGCGUCCUUGUCGGACGAGGAAUUUGCAGAAAGACUCCAGCUCGCCAACCCGCUGAACGGAAAAGACGACCCAAACUACCGCAUGUUUAAGCAUCACCACAUCUCACCCGAAGAAAUCGAGCGUUUGAAGGCCGAGGGAAUCUCACCUGGACAGCACACGGCCGAGCAAGUUCAUGAAGACGAGCUGGACGAGUUGCAGUUUGGCGACAGACACUUUGGAGGCCAAGCACACACUCACGUCGAUAGGCACGGCAAGUUGUACGCUGCCAAAUUCGACGAGCUUGGGCGCGAGAUUGACGAGGACGGCAACCUGAUGACCGUCAUGGACAUUAUCGAGCGUCGCCUGCACCACUCCCAGUUCGAGGGUCGCGAGCCGCCAGAGGGCUUGUUCAAGCGGUGGGACAUUGAAAACAAGGAGCCUCCGAUUCUCUACUACCAAGAGAAGCACUGGGAAGGCCUGGAGCCACCAUGGGCGGAGGAGGAGCGCGAGCUGGCCAUUUUCAUGAAUGCCGAGUGCGAAGUCACAGAGUUGCGUGAAGCAUACCACGCUGCCUGCUACCGACACGGACAUUUGAUUCCGUGCACAACGGUCUGUAUGAUGGCUUUCCACCGGUACUACGAUCGGCUGAUUGAGCCGAAAUGUCUCAAGGGCACCAUCCACCACACACCGACCUCCGAGCAUUUGCGCUGGCUCCUGCUUGCACACGACGCUGAAAUUGCACACCACUGUCCCGACAAGUAUCGCGUCAUGGAUGUGAGGGAAAUGCACGCGCUGCACAUGAUGAUUGACAAGUCUCAGCCCGACAACCCCGAGCUUGGGUUGGACGACACUGCCCACGCCGGGCAUCUGCACAUGCAAAAGAAACCUACAUCGGCAGAGCGAAAAGGCAUCGAUGCAGAUCUCCCUGGCCACGGUUUUAACGUUAAACUGGACGUGGUGAAGCGGGACGACUUGUGA